UGUAAGAGGGUGGACCUAACGCAAUUUAAGAAGUUUCCUUUGGGAAUAAGGGUUGCUGUCAGCAUGGAGGCCACCGGCUCUGACAAGGCUAUAAUCCUGAAAAAGAAGAAACGGGAGGAUGCUAUCAAACACUGUGCAUCACGAAAAUUCCCUGAGGUCAGAGCUGAGUUACCUGAACUUAACACAGACAGACUGAAGAUGGCCAGGAUUUUGGUUGGCAAAGCCAUUGAGACGAAGAAGAUAUUCUCCAUCGAAGGUCCAUAUCCUGUCAUUAGGGCAGCUCUGAGGGCAAGGGGCUGGAUUGAACGAUGCACGGAUGCUUCUAAGCAACAGGCCCAGAAGCGUCACAGCAGUGGAACCAGCGCCUUGAAAUAUAACGACACCUUAGAGGAUGCUGAGAAAGAACCAAAUCCAGAUCAACUGCACAAUCUCAUGUCUCGCCUUGUGAAGAAUGACAUGGUUAAUUUCUAUUGGACCACAGUGAGAAUCAACCCAAAAAGCUUGCAGAUAAACCAAAUCAUCAAUCAUUUCGCUAAUGCAGGCACUUUUACCACUAAAGUGGGCUUGUGUGUGAACUUAAGAAACCUUCACUGGUUUGACACAGCUGACCCAGCCACCUUCCUCCCUCGGUGUUACAUCCUUACAGAGGAGGAUGAAAGGCAGGCAUUCAUUGCUGUUGAUGUCUGCUGCUCCUUCACUGUUAACCUAGACCUCUUGGAAAAAUGUACCACAUGUUCCUCGGUGCACUUAUGCAAUAACUCCAUCCAGUGUCACUUGAGGCCCUCUCAUCAACGGCAUUGGAAAAUUCCAGCACACAACAUGUGGUUGGAUGACCAGCUUAAAGCCUUCCUGGCUGAGCAGGGGACGGAAGCCCUCUGGGAGGCUGUUGCUGUCCCAGGAAUGAAGAAAAACAUUAUCCACACAUUACAGACAGUACAGGAUCAGAUAGGGUCACGCAAAAACACGUUUGAGCUGUAUGGUGCUGAUUUUAUGUUAGGUAUGAUGCUGAACCCAUGGUUAAUAGAAAUCAACAGUAGCCCAACAAUGGCGCCCUCAACCUCUGUGACUGCCCAGCUCUGUGCUGCUGUGCAGGAGGACACAUUACGAGUGGUUCUGGACUGGAGAGUUGAUUGUUCUGCAAACACAGGAGACUUUGAACUCAUAUAUAGGCAGGCAGCAGUAGAUGUCCCUCCUUAUUUGGGAGCCAACCUGAUUGUUGAGGGCUUUGCUGUAUAA